AUGACACCAAAGGCGCAACAGCCUCAAGAAGAGGGUUUGUUGGAGUUCCUUGAGAAGGCAGUUGGAACAAACAAGUACAUCGAGCAGAUCAAGGAACAAGCCCAACGGCUGGAGGAUCUGAAUGCGAGAAGGGUGGGCUUCAUGGAACGAAUGCAAUUAUCGGAAAGAGAAAAGGACCAACUGGAGGCCCUCUCCAAAGAGCUCCUGGCUGCUGUUGCAGAGAAGAACGCACUGGCGGCGAAGAUGACAGCCUGCAAGACAGGCAAGGAGAAUAUAAUGCCCAAGAAAAACAAGAUCCUGAGCAACCUAAGAGAAGGCACGAGCAGCAGAGGCAAGGAUAAGAAGCAAAGCAUCACGGAGGAAAGGAAACUGUCCUUGCAGAUAUUUAUAGUGAACGAAAAUUGUAAAAGAUUGAAAAAGCUAUUGGACCGCAAGCAGGAGGAGAGCCGUGACAGGACUAGGGAGUUGGAUGCAGCUCAGAGCCAGUUUGAGAAAAACGACUCUGGAUUGAAAAAGGCACUUUUGCAGCUUGAGGAGUUCAAGCACCAUCAGCGAGCAGGUGCAAGCCAUUCAAGCAGAGCAAGGAAUGUGCUCAAGCGUUACGCGGUGCAACUGUCAUGCCAGAUCUCACAAAUGCUAGAUCAACGCGUUUCAGACGAGGACAUUCAAGAGGCAGGCCUUCCCUACACUUUCACCUCCGAAACUCUGGGCGAGUGGUUGGAAGGAGCAGGUUGGGAUUCAGUUUUUAUUGAACCAGAGACUGAGGCUGAAGCUGCAAAGCGGAGUGAGACAGAAGAGGUGCCUGAGACUGCGGAGGGGAGUGCGAGUGCGGCGCAAUGCCAAGUAGCUGAGGCUGAAGCAGAGGCAUCCAAAGAAGAUAUGCAACGACUGGAAAGGCUGGUAGCCUGGCUGUGUGGUAACCGCAUGAUUGCAGAAGCUACCAAUGAUGAGAUGCAGUCAAAGCUGCAGGCCUCGGCAGAAGAGCUCAUGGCGCUCCAGGGAAGAGUCGACAUGGGCUGCAUUGGCGAGUACAACAAAAAAGAAGACGUUUACUUGGAGAGGUUCUUGGAAGCGGCCGAUGUGACUCUGGAGAGGAAUGCUGUGAAGCAGGAGCACGACGGGCUGAUUAGUCGUCGGCAGAAAGAGUUCACAGCAGGGCUUGAUGCCAUCAGGAUGCGGGUGAAGGAGAUCUUCAAGACCUUGGCGCCAGGUGGUGACGCUGACCUGGCACCCAUUGACCCGCUGGACCCGUUCAGCCAGGGGAUCCGCUUCUCUGUGCGCCCGCCACAGCAGCAGUGCUGGAGGAGCGUUGCGGACCUUGAUGGACAAGAAAAGACUCUCAGCUUCCUGGCAUUGCUGUUGGCGGUGCACUUGUGCACUCCAGAGUUGCCCAUCAUUGCCGUUUAA